AAAGGAGAGAGAGAGGAAGAGGAGGGCGUGGAAGGAUAGAGAGAGAAGAAAGAAGGCUGGAACGAAGAGAUCAGCGAGCUUGGAGCUACACAGGCGAGGAGAGGAAGGAGAAGGUCGUGAAGGUUCCCGCUGCUGCUGAUACCGCGCGAGCUGCAGCCUAUUAAUUAAAGAGAUACAUGGCGGAGGAGGCUACGGCUGGGCGCGCGCUCGCUCGCGAGUGGAUAAGCUCAGUUGAUUGUUGAUGCGCCAACGCUACGGCUACUGGCUGAGAUCCUGGAGAUGCUGGAGAUCCUGGAGAUUUUAAACAGCACACUGAACGCACAGGACUGAUCUGCAUAUUGAUUGAUUGAUCGAUUGAAGAAGAGAAUUAAUCCACUGCUAUUAUUUUAUAUUGAUAGUCUUUUAUUCUCAUCCACCCUUUCCAUUUCCUGGACCACUGGUGGACUCAAAGCCCACCCCGGCUGAUCCGAUGCGGUUCCCCCGGCGGAUCUGAUCCCAGCCCGGGAUCCCCGCCCCGCCAUGGCCGCGUCCGGUGGCCCCAAGAGCGAGAAGUUGGACGAGGCUCAGGCUCUGGCCAAAAGCUGCGCCGGACGCCCGGAUUUCUUGCCCUGCGAUGGGCUGUCCAUCUGCGCCACGCACAGCCACGGCAAGUGCUUCAAACUGCACUGGUGCUGCCACCUGGGCUGGUGCCACUGUAAAUAUGUCUACCAGCCGAUGACCAGUGUCUGCCAGCUUCCCAGCACCUCCGUCCCUGCCACGCCCUCCGACAACACCCAUACCAUGAACCUGUCCAUCUCCCUGACUGAGCGCCUCCUCAGAACUGCCUCCAACUUCAAAGCCCCUCCGUGCCCAGAGUCGCCCAAGUUCUGCGUCAUCUCGGACCUCUUCAUCGACGACUACAUCGUGAAACGGAUCAACGGGAAGAUGUGCUACGUGCAGAGACCUCCACCGCCGAUGCCCAGCCCACCGCAGCAGCCUCAGGCUUUGAAAACCCAAGCGCCCACUCAGAGGGUCCACAAGCAAGUGGCGCAAGUUGGGCAAACUCAAGGCAAGCAAGGCCAAAAAGCAGGACCCAAAAUGGAUCACUGUUCUUCGCCGUCCAGCUCGGAAGACUCUGGCAUCAACGCGCUGGGUCUGCAUUAUAUGGAGUCGUGCGACGAAGACUCCUGUGAGGACGAUGAGGAUGAGGAAGAGGAGGACGACGAGCUGAGCACAGACGGGGACUCAAGUCCUGGUAGCCUGUGGGAGCAAGACGAGUGCACCUUGCUUUCACCAUCCAAGUCUAUGGUAGAGAUUAUCGAGAAAAUCGAGACGACCGUCUGAUGCGUUGAGACGUUCCACAAGACGACAACCCAAGCCGUUGACGCAUCCCGUGGUCUUCGACUUCAAUUUCGACAUCGAUAUCAAUCGAUGAUCGAUUGGAUGGGACUUGACCACUGUUUGGAUGAACCAUGAAGCGAAUAGGCAAAAGCCAAGAGAACACAUACAUACCCACACUUUCCCACUUCCACAAUGUCUGUCUGUUUGUCUGUGCACCUGAGAUGUUUCCACGUCUUUAUCUUGUCUUUUCUUCUGUUCAUCAUCUUGACAUUAUCACAGUUUUCUUGGGAUGUUAGCCCUACUUAUGGAUUAUAUAUACUGUACAACAGAGUUCACAAGUACAUAGAAAGUUAUCAAAGGUCAGGCCGAAAGUCGUAGGUUUUUGAAUAAAUGGAUGGAUUGAUGGAUGGAUGAAUGGAUGGAUGGACUGAUGGAUAGAUGAUGAAUUCCUUGUCCAGCGACGACAUGAUUUAAAAGUAUUUCUGGCACAAAUGUACCGUGCAUUCUAAGGAGUUCCCCACCUUAAAGGAAUGGGGGAUAAGAGAUGUUUCCACGUCUUUAUCGUGUCUUGUCUUCUUCUCAUCAUCUUGACAUUAUCAUAGUCUUCUCUUGGGAUGUUGGCCCUACUUAUGGAUUAUAUAUACUGUACAACAGAGUUCACAAGUACAUAGAAAGUUAUCAAAAGUCGUGGCCAAAAGUCCUAGGCUUUUGGAUGCAUGGAUGGAUUGAUGGAUGGAUGGAUGGAUGAAUGAAUUCCUCGUCCAGCGACAACAUGGUUUAAAAGUAUUUCUGGCACAAUUCACCGUGCAUACUAAGGAAUUCGCCCUCAAAGGAAUGGGGGGAAAAAGGACAAAGAUGAAUGAAAAUGAAAGAAAGGAGGUCUAAGCAAUAGAAGAAAAAAUGAGAAGCACCAUCCCCCCGCUGGGUGGAAAGACAUGCAAAAAAAAAAAGGUCUUGGACUGUGAAAGAGAAGGAGAUGGGCAGAUGGAGCGAGAGUCUCCUCAGCCCGUUGUAACAAGGAUCCAUCUGAACUGUGACUAAAUGAUGAAUGAAUUCAGAGGACUGUAAUGAGAUGGUGUGAAGAAAAGGGGGUCAAGGCUCCAUGCUCCAGGGUGUUCCUGUCCCACUGCCCCCUUAAAAACUCUGUCGCUGCCUCCUGUGGCACUGAGAACUGCUAAGCCGCCGUUGCCCCUCGUCUCCGCAGAGUCAGGGGCUACACGAUCCCGUGAAACCUCAGCAAGCCCUGAAGGCUUUUGCUUUCAGGACAUUACAGCUUUUCCCAAUGAGGAGGACAAACAGUUGAAGCUUUUUGACAAUCAUUGAACGAUAGCGAUCCAUGCUAUUCUGCUAUCACGGUCUCGAAGUAUCUGAUUUCCUGCAGAACAUCAAGUGAAGAGGGUACUUUGAACAUUUUGGAUGCUACCCUUUCAUUAUCAGAGAUAAUAAGAGAUACAGUAUAAGAACCAGAGGAAGGUGCAGUGUCAUCAAAGCAUGAGUACAGUUAGUUACAUCUUAGCUUGCUUACGAUCCCAGCUAACAUGCUCAUGUGUGAUGCCUACCUGUGGCUUGGGAAUGGGUAAGGAACCAAAAACGUUUCUUAAAUGAUGCAGCAGCCGUAGGUGCCAGGAUGUUUGUUACACCAUUUAAGGUAGAAUGGGAAAAAUCGCUUGCUAGCAAGUAGGGCUGGGUGAUAUGAAUAAACUCAAACUCAUAUCCCAAUAUGCUUCAGAGAAAUGGCAAAAUUAUAUUUUUAAAUAUGAAAAUAUGAUAUGAUAUGAUGUCACCCAUAUGACAUUAUGAUGGGUUCUACCAACGUGUCCCACUUAAUGUUUCUAGCAUUCCCAUCUUACCACCCAUAUUAGCUCCACAAGAGCAUGUUGGCUGGGAUCUUUGGCUGCCCCUAAUGUUGGGAUAAUGUCCCCAAAGUUCCUCUUAGACAGAAGUCUCUCACAACCUUAUAUUAUACUGUAAUAAUAACCUGGGACAUAUAUACAUACAGGGGUUGGACAAUGAAACUGAAACACCUGUCAUUUUAGUGUGGGAGGUUUCAUGGCUAAAUUGGAGCAGCCUGGUGACCAAUCUUCAUUAAUUGCACAUUACACCAGUAAAAGCAGAGUGUGAAGGUUCAAUUAGCAGGGUAAGAGGACAAAUUGUUGGUGCACGUCUUGCUGGAGCAUCUGUGACCAAGACAGCAAGUCUUUGUGAUGUAUCAAGAGCCACUGUAUCCAGGGUAAUGUCAGCAUACCACCAAGAAGGACAAACCACAUCCAACAGGAUUAACUGUGGACGCUGUAAGAGGAAGCUGUCUGAAAGGGAUGUUCGGGUGCUAACCCGGAUUGUAUCCAAAAAACAUAAAAUCACGGCUGCCCAAAUCAUGGCAGAAUUCAAUGUGCGCCUCAACUCUCCUGUUUCCACCAGAACUGUCCGUCACCACAAUCAAUUAUUUUGGUCUAGAACCAGGUGUUUUAGGUUCUUUGUCCAACCCCUGUAUAUAUGACCUUAGCACAUGACAAAACCCUAUCCUCCACUUCCUUCUCCACCAUAUCUGGAUGGUAGAGAAGGUGCUGACCUGUUCUACAGCAGAAGAUCAGAGUGGGCCAGGUCUGAUUUGUGUCUUCACAAUUGAAGAUGCAUUUUUUUUUAUAGAGAUCUUCGUACUCUGAAACCGGCACAACACGCCCACCACACCUAAAAGCACAGCCUGCACGGGCCCCAAGAGCUACGAGCCAACAGAUCCAGAGAUUCAGAGACUUACAGCCAACACACAACCACAGAAUAGUACUGUACAAGUGCAUGAAACCGCUACAGUGUGAUAUAACCAUGAGGAUUUGGCUAUUAGUCUCAGACAUAAACGAGCUUGAAACGAUGCCCGGGACGGCGUGAUCCUACAAUCCCUCAAUCCCUUUUACUGCCUUUUUUUAUUAUUUUAAAGAGAUAAAAUAAAAAUACUGUAGCGAUUUUUCCUGUUGGGUCUGGAAAAUCCCUGAGUUCCUGUGUGUUACAUGGGAUUAGAAUUGUAUUUAAAAUCAGAUUCGGACAGUUAUUCAACUCAAAUCUCUUAACGACAUUAAGAAUUAAAAGGUAGUCCUGGAUCACGUUGCUGUCCUUAUAACAGGAGUGGAGACUAAGGCCCAGUCCCAUUUCUCAUUUGUACCCUUACUUCCUGUUUUCGAGUGCCAUCCUUCAAUUUGGAACACAUUUAUGAAGGGAAAUGGUUGAAAUCCUCCUCAAAAACCAACAAAAAGGUAACAAGCCUUUAAAACAAGCCUUUUUCCAAUAUGGCAAAGUUAGUUUCAUUUUACAAUAUUUCCUAUAUGGCAUCCUCAGCUACUAGUGGUGCUCUGUAGGCAACCCUGCCACUCUGUUGUGAUAGCAGACAAACAUUAAAGAUGAAAAAUUUAGUUCAAUUUAGGUUAUUCUACCUCUUCAAAAAGGGGUGGAGCCAACGAUUUAACAGUUUAACAAAUUUCUUAUUAAAAAUCAAAGCAGAUCAAACAGCCAAGCCUAAUUCCUCAGUGAUGAGGGAAGUUACGCUAAAGUUAGCUAUUGGUUAGAUUCUUGUCCAAAUGUUCCCGUUCCACCUUAAAUGAUGCAGCAGCCUAUGGUGUCAGGAUGUUGCUGUUACACCAUUUAAGGUGGAAUGGGAAAAAUCGCUAGCUAGCAAGUAGGGCUGGGCGAUAUGAACAAAAAAUCAUAUCUCAGUAUGCUUCAAAAAAUGGCAAUAUUAUAUUUGUUAAAUUUGAUACGAUAUAAUUAAACCUUUCCAAUCAUUUGAAAAUCUGAUUGAAACAACUCAAUAUUCAUGAUAUGAUAUACAGCUCUGGAAAAAAAAAUGAAGAGACCACAUCUGUUUCUGAAUCAGUUUCUCUGAUUUUGCUAUUUAUAGGUUUAUGUUUGAGUAAAAUGAACAUUGUUGUUUUAUUCUAUAAACUACAGACAACGUUUCUCCCAAAUUCCCCCAAAAAAUGGUCAUUUAGAGCAUUUAUUUGCAGAAAAUGAGAAAUGGCUGAAAUAACAAAAAAGAUGCAGAGCUUUCAGACCUCAAAUAAUGCAAAGAAAACAAGUUCAUAUUCAUAAAGUUUUAAGAGUACAGAAAAAUCAAUAUUUGGUGGAAUAACCCUGUUUUUUAAACACAGUUUUCAUGCAUCUUCCACCAGUCUUACACACUGCUUUUGGAUAACUUUAUGCCUUUACUUCUGGUGCAAAAAUUCAAGCAGUUCAGUUUGGUUUGAUGGCUUGUGAUCAUCCAUCCAACAAGAACUGGGUAAUCUGCACCCUAUCCCUAUAGGCAUGAACAAGCUAAAUUCAGGGGUAGGGUUAAGUGGUAUUGGUAAGUGGUGAAAUGGGAUUGGCCUGAAACCCAAAAAACUAAAUUUUGCUCCUGUCCAUCUCUGAUGAAGGCUCCAGUCUGUGACUAUAGCCCUUUGUUGCACGAGACCCUGUAGUUUAUAAGCACAGAACAUUUAUACGUCACUGCCUGAGCAGAAAUGUCCAUUUCAGAGCUGUUUACGAAGUUUUAGAAAUCUAAUGGACCUAUUACGUACCCUUGAGGAACCCCACACUUAUUUGUAUGGUGUAUGAUGUAUGAUUACCUCUCCUGUUCUUGGGUGGAUAAAUGAGGCAAUGAAAGAGCGGAUGAAUGAAUGAAUAAAUGGAUGAAUGGCUAUCCCUGUAUGUUUGCUCGGAUUCAUAUCAGGGAAUAAAUAAUACUGUAGCUAUAAACAUAUACUGUAGAUACACACAAACGCAAAAUGUUUAUCGCACAUUUAAAUAUUCCCUUUCUUUUAUUUUGUCUUUCUUUCUUUCUUAUAUCAGUUAUUGUUAACUUAUCUCUUAUUUUUCUUAUAAACAAAUGCGAAAAAAUCAUAA